UUCUUCCACCAUAGUCCAAUACCAUUGCUUUAUUGCCUUCUUCCUUAAGCUAGUACCUUAAAAGUUUAAACUAUCUUUUCUUCUCUCUUCACACUUUUUUUCCUCCUUUUUUGGUUUUCACUUUCUCUCUCCUAGGGCAUACUUUCUGUGCUCUUUCUCUCUCCUCCUCCUCCAUUGCUGUUCGACUUCGAGCUCCGCCAUUUUUGUUUAUUAGCUUCAUGAUAGUUUAAUCUAUGAUUUAGUUUGAUUAAUUUACUCUGGGGUUUUGAAGUGAAUUUGGUUAAAUAUGUCGUCUUCUACAUCGAGAGUUGGAGGUUCCGACCAACCGCCAACAAGGCCGUUGAUGAGGACACAAACGGCGGGGAAUAUUGGAGAAACGGCAUUCGACAGUGAGAUAGUUCCGUCAUCUCUUGUUGAGAUUGCUCCCAUUCUUCGUGCUGCUAAUGAAGUUGAAAAGCAUAAUCCUAGGGUAGCUUAUAUGUGUAGGUUUUAUGCUUUUGAGAAAGCUCAUCGAUUGGAUCCAACUUCCAGUGGUCGUGGUGUCCGGCAAUUCAAAAUUGCACUUCUUCAAAGGCUAGAGAAGGAAAAUGAUCCAACAUUAAAGGGAAGAGUUGAAAAGAGUGAUGCACGCGAAAUGCGAAGUUUUUAUCUGCAUUACUACAAGAAAUAUAUUCAAGCUUUGGAAAAUGCAGCUGAUAAGGCUGACCGUGCUCAGCUCACUAAGGCGUAUCAGAUUGAUAAUGUGCUGUUUGAGGUAUUAAAAGCUGUGAACUGGACACAGUACAUGGAAGUUGACCGCGAGAUCUUAGAUACACACAAUAAAGUAGCGGAGAAACGUGGAAGCAAACUUUAAUGAAGCAAGCAUCUCAAUGCCUAAUGUCGAUCCUUAUAAUAAAGCAAGCACGUCAAUGCCUAAUCUUGACCUUUCAAAGCAAUGAAAAUGAUAAAGAAUAUGACGAAGAUAUUUGAAUUUUUCUUAACAAUGUUGUGUUGCUUAUUUAGUUGUAUUUCCUUUUUAUAUGCAAUAUCCUUUUUAUGUAUUGAUAUUAUCUAAUGUUAAUAAAAUUAUUUUAACUAUAUAUUUAUUUAAUA